GCGCAACUCGGGAACGCGUAGAAGCCGCUGCAGGCUCCUUUUUCUCUCUCCCUCUAGAGCAGCCCUUCCGACGCUAAAAAGACAGUGGAGCUAGGAUGAAAGUCGUCCUCACGCUCACUUCCGGCAGGCGCGCCUCCCGACAGUGUCGUGCGGGGGGCGUGGCCGAGCGGGCACUGCUGACAGGCUGCCCUGGGGGCGGUGGCCAAGGCGGCUGCUGGAGCGCAAUGGCGGGGGCGGCCGGGCUCAUGGCCGAAGUGAGCUGGAAGGUCUUGGAGCGAAGAGCUCGGACCAAGCGCUCAGCUUAGCCUGGGACGCUUAUGAUUAGAGCCAACAAUUUGAAAUGGCCUGCUCACCUGAUGCAGUCGUCUCCUCGUCUUCUGCUUUCUUAAGGUCUGGCUCAGUUUAUGAACCUCUUAAAAGCAUUAAUCUUCCAAGACCUGAUAAUGAAACUCUCUGGGAUAAAUUGGAUCAUUAUUACAGAAUUGUCAAGUCAACAUUGCUGCUAUAUCAAAGUCCAACUACAGGUCUCUUUCCCACUAAAACAUGCGGUGGUGACCAGAAGGCCAAGAUCCAGGACAGCCUAUACUGUGCUGCCGGGGCCUGGGCUUUGGCUCUUGCAUACAGGCGCAUUGAUGAUGACAAGGGAAGGACCCAUGAGCUGGAGCACUCAGCUAUAAAAUGCAUGAGAGGAAUUCUCUACUGCUAUAUGCGUCAGGCCGAUAAGGUCCAGCAGUUUAAGCAGGAUCCACGCCCAACAACAUGUCUUCACUCUGUUUUCAAUGUGCAUACAGGAGAUGAAUUGCUCUCCUAUGAGGAAUAUGGUCAUCUUCAGAUAAAUGCAGUGUCACUCUAUCUUCUUUACCUUGUGGAAAUGAUUUCCUCAGGACUCCAGAUUAUCUACAACACUGAUGAGGUCUCUUUUAUUCAAAACCUUGUAUUUUGCGUGGAAAGAGUUUACCGUGUGCCUGACUUUGGUGUCUGGGAAAGAGGAAGCAAAUAUAAUAAUGGCAGCACAGAGCUACAUUCCAGCUCUGUUGGUUUAGCAAAAGCAGCUCUAGAAGCAAUUAAUGGAUUCAACCUCUUUGGCAACCAGGGUUGUUCAUGGUCAGUUAUAUUUGUGGAUCUCGAUGCUCACAAUCGCAACAGGCAAACUUUGUGCUCGCUGUUACCCAGAGAAUCAAGAUCACAUAACACAGAUGCUGCCCUCCUCCCCUGCAUCAGUUAUCCUGCAUUUGCCCUGGAUGAUGAAGUUCUGUUUAGCCAGACACUUGAUAAAGUGGUUAGAAAAUUAAAAGGAAAAUAUGGAUUUAAACGUUUCUUGAGAGAUGGGUAUAGAACAUCAUUGGAAGAUCCCAACAGAUCCUACUACAGACCAGCUGAAAUUAAGCUAUUUGAUGGCAUUGAAUGUGAAUUUCCCAUAUUUUUCCUUUAUAUGAUGAUUGAUGGAGUUUUUAGAGGCAACCCUGAGCAAGUACAGGAAUAUCAGAAUCUUUUGACUCCAGUACUUCAUCAGACCACAGAAGGAUAUCCUGUUGUACCAAAGUACUAUUACGUACCAGCUGACUUUGUAGAAUAUGAGAAAAAUAACCCCGGUAGUCAAAAACGAUUUCCUAGCAACUGUGGCCGUGAUGGAAAACUGUUUCUUUGGGGACAAGCACUUUAUAUCAUUGCAAAACUCCUGGCUGAUGAACUAAUCAGUCCUAAAGACAUUGAUCCUGUCCAGCGCUAUGUCCCACUACAGAAUCAACGUAACGUGAGCAUGAGGUUUUCCAAUCAGGGCCCACUGGAAAAUGAUUUGGUAGUUCACGUGGCACUUAUAGCAGAAAGCCAAAGACUUCAAGUUUUUCUGAACACAUAUGGUAUUCAAACUCAAACUCCUCAACAAGUAGAACCCAUUCAGAUAUGGCCUCAGCAGGAGCUUGUGAAAGCUUAUUUCUACCUGGGUAUCAAUGAAAAGUUAGGACUCUCCGGAAGGCCAGAUAGGCCCAUUGGCUGCCUUGGUACAUCAAAGAUUUAUCGCAUUCUAGGAAAGACUGUGGUUUGUUACCCGAUUAUCUUCGACCUAAGUGAUUUCUACAUGUCUCAAGAUGUUUUGCUGCUGAUAGAUGACAUAAAGAAUGCACUGCAGUUCAUUAAACAAUAUUGGAAAAUGCAUGGACGUCCACUUUUCCUUGUUCUCAUCCGAGAAGACAAUAUAAGAGGUAGCCGAUUCAACCCCAUAUUAGAUAUGCUGGCAGCCCUUAAAAAAGGAAUAAUUGGAGGAGUCAAAGUUCAUGUUGAUCGUCUACAGACACUAAUAUCUGGAGCUGUAGUAGAACAACUUGAUUUCCUACGAAUCAGUGACACAGAAGAGCUUCCAGAAUUUAAGAGUUUUGAGGAACUAGAACCUCCCAAACAUUCAAAAGUCAAACGUCAAAGCAGCACCUCCAGUGCUCCUGAACUGGAACAGCAGCAGGAUGUCAACAUUAGUGAAUGGAAAGACAAACCUACUUACGAAAUCCUUCAAAAACUGAAUGGCUGCAGUUGUCUGGCUAGCCAAGCCAUCCUGCUGGGUAUCCUGCUCAAAAGAGAAGGCCCCAACUUCAUCACAAAGGAAGGUACCGUUUCUGAUCACAUUGAGAGAAUCUAUAGAAGAGCUGGCAGCAAAAAACUUUGGUCGGUUGUACGCCGUGCAGCAAGUCUUUUAAGUAAAGUAGUGGACAGCCUGGCCCCAUCCAUUACUAAUGUUUUAGUGCAGGGAAAACAGGUAACUCUGGGUGCCUUUGGGCAUGAAGAAGAAGUUAUCUCUAAUCCUUUGUCUCCGAGAGUGAUUAAAAACAUCAUCUAUUAUAAGUGUAACACCCAUGACGAGAGGGAAGCGGUCAUUCAGCAAGAACUGGUCAUCCAUAUUGGCUGGAUCAUCUCCAACAACCCUGAGUUAUUCAGUGGCAUGCUGAAAAUACGAAUUGGGUGGAUCAUCCAUGCCAUGGAGUAUGAACUUCAGAUCCGUGGUGGAGACAAGCCAGCCUUGGAUUUGUAUCAGCUAUCACCUAGUGAAGUUAAACAGCUUCUGCUGGAUAUUCUCCAGCCUCAACAGAAUGGAAGAUGUUGGCUGAACAGGCGUCAGAUCGAUGGGUCUUUGAAUAGAACGCCCACCGGGUUCUAUGACCGAGUGUGGCAGAUCCUGGAGCGCACGCCCAAUGGCAUCAUUGUCGCUGGGAAGCAUUUGCCUCAGCAACCAACCCUGUCGGAUAUGACCAUGUAUGAGAUGAAUUUCUCUCUCCUUGUUGAAGACACAUUGGGAAAUAUUGACCAGCCACGGUACAGACAGAUUGUUGUAGAGUUACUCAUGGUCGUAUCCAUUGUACUGGAAAGAAACCCUGAGCUAGAAUUUCAAGACAAAGUAGAUCUAGACAGACUGGUCAAAGAAGCAUUUAAUGAAUUUCAAAAAGAUCAGAGUCAGCCAAAGGAAAUUGAAAAACAAGAUGACAUGACUCCCUUUUACAACACUCCCCCCCUGGGAAAAAAAGGAACAUGCAGCUAUUUGACAAAGGCGGUGAUGAAUCUGCUGCUGGAAGGAGAAGUCAAGUCAAACAAUGAUGAUCCAUGUCUGAUUAGCUAGUGGGGAAGGUGUAGGAAGCUCUAUUGAGACACAUGUUCUGAAGUGUGUGAUGUUUUGUGUUCAAGCUUAAGGCAGCCAUUAAUGUACAAACUGAGCAUGCUGGGGAGGUGAUUGCCAUACCCUUGGCAGGGUUAUUGGACCUUUUGCAUGACAUAGCCAAUCUUCUGGUAACAGUAAAUGCUUUUAAUCAAGCAGGGAAAAGUUCUCAUGAUCAUGCUAACUACAAUAGUAAUCUUCACUGAAUGAUAAAAAUAGUUUAUGAAUUGAAAAUUUGCCACUGCAUGUUUUAUGAUCAAAUAGUUCAUCAAAAUGAAUCUUUGCUCUUUGGACUGAAUUCUUACCAUACUGCCACUAAAAUGAAUUUGCCAACUAGUAAUGCAUACUGAACAUCAAAAGAUAUUGAAAGAAUGGUAAGCUUUACUUCAUCAUAUUGUCAUGCUAAAAGGUGUUAAUAUAUAUCACAAAAGCAAAGUCAGCCAGCUGAUAUUUUGGUUCUCAGAAACUGCAUUAUUAAUAAUAUUUUAGUAUACAGAGCUAUUCUACAAUUUUUACAUUUUAAACAUGACUGUGGUUUUGUAUUUGCUAAAUACAGGGAUUGGACUAAAAUAAAAUAAAUCUGUACCUUAUCAAGCAUUUUCUUUGA